AAUGAAUCUUCUAGAGAUACUAUGUCUUCCAAAGGGAAAAAUGAAGAUUUUGACACAAAAAUUGAAACUGACCGUGCAAGAAGGUUUGAAUAUCUGUUGAAGCAAACAGAAAUUUUUUCUCAUUUUAUGACUAAUCAGGGGAAAACCAAUAGCCCCACAAAACCCAAAGUUGGUCGUCCUAGAAAAGAUAAAGUGGUUCCAACGAGUGAAGAUGUUGCUGACCAUCGUCAUCGUAUGACUGAACAAGAAGAGGAUGAAGAAUUACUCGCUGAAAAUAAUGCAGCCCCUAAAACCAUUGCUAGAUUUGAUGCUUCACCAUUUUAUAUCAAAGGUGGAGAGUUGAGGGAUUACCAGAUUCGUGGUUUGAACUGGAUGAUAUCACUUUAUGAGCAUGGUAUAAACGGUAUACUCGCUGAUGAAAUGGGAUUGGGCAAAACUCUUCAAACUAUAUCACUUCUUGGUUACAUGAAACAUUAUAGAAACAUCCCAGGCCCACAUAUGGUUAUUGUUCCAAAGUCAACUUUAGCCAACUGGAUGAAUGAAUUUAAAAAAUGGUGUCCUUCUUUACGUGCUGUAUGCUUGAUAGGAGAUCGAGAAGCCAGAAAUACUUUAAUUCGUGACACUUUGAUGCCUGGAGAAUGGGAUGUGUGUGUCACAUCAUACGAAAUGAUAAUACGUGAAAAAGGCGUAUUUAAGAAAUUUAACUGGCGUUACAUGGUGAUAGAUGAAGCUCAUAGAAUCAAAAAUGAAAAAUCAAAACUCUCUGAGAUAGUAAGAGAGUUCAAGACGACGAACAGAUUGCUUUUGACUGGGACUCCAUUGCAAAAUAAUCUCCAUGAAUUGUGGUCUCUGCUUAACUUUUUGCUCCCAGAUGUAUUCAAUUCAUCAGAUGACUUUGACAGUUGGUUCAAUACAAACAACUUUUUGGGAGAUAAUUCUUUGGUUGAACGAUUACAUGCUGUUUUGAGGCCAUUUUUGUUGAGGAGAUUGAAGUCAGAAGUUGAAAAAAAAUUAAAACCUAAGAAAGAAGUAAAGAUAUAUGUUGGGCUCAGCAAAAUGCAGAGAGAAUGGUAUACCAAAGUAUUGAUGAAAGAUAUAGAUAUCGUUAAUGGUGCUGGUCGGAUUGAGAAAAUGCGCUUACAAAAUAUUCUUAUGCAGCUGAGAAAGUGCAGUAACCACCCUUAUCUGUUUGAUGGAGCUGAGCCUGGGCCACCUUACACUACUGAUGAACAUCUGGUCUUUAAUAGUGGAAAACUGGUUAUUUUGGAUAAGCUUCUUCCAAAACUACAAGAACAAGGAUCUCGAGUUCUUAUUUUUAGUCAAAUGACCAGGAUGAUUGAUAUUCUUGAAGAUUACUGUUAUUGGCGAGGAUACAAUUAUUGUCGUUUGGAUGGUAACACACCUCAUGAAGACCGCCAAAGGCAAAUUAAUGAGUAUAACGAAGAAGGUAGCAAGAAGUUCAUAUUCAUGCUUUCAACUCGUGCAGGAGGUCUAGGUAUUAAUUUAGCUACCGCUGAUGUUGUAAUUCUCUAUGAUUCAGAUUGGAAUCCACAAAUGGAUUUACAAGCUAUGGAUCGUGCUCAUCGUAUUGGCCAAAAGAAACAGGUCAGAGUUUUCAGGAUGAUUACAGAAAAUACUGUUGAAGAGAAAAUCGUAGAAAGAGCUGAAAUAAAGCUUCGUCUUGAUAAAUUAGUUAUUCAACAAGGAAGGCUUGUUGAUAAUAAAGCAGCUCUGAAUAAAGAUGAAAUGCUUAACAUGAUCAGACAUGGUGCCAAUCAUGUGUUUGCAAGUAAAGAUUCUGAAAUCACCGAUGAAGAUAUUGAUACUAUAUUGGAAAAGGGUGAAGCCAAAACUGAAGAAAUGAAUAAAAAACUUGAACAGCUUGGAGUUGAUUCAUCUUUAAAAGAUUUCAUGAUGGAGGCUCCCACUGAAUCUGUAUAUCAGUUUGAAGGUGAAGAUUACAGAGAAAAGCAAAAAGUUUUUGGAAUAGGAAAUUGGAUUGAACCACCAAAACGAGAACGUAAAGCUAAUUAUGCAGUGGAUGCCUAUUUUAGAGAAGCGUUGCGAGUUUCAGAGCCUAAAGCUCCCAAGGCCCCUAGACCUCCAAAGCAACCUAUAGUACAGGAUUUCCAAUUUUUCCCUCCUCGACUGUUCGAGCUAUUAGAUCAAGAAAUAUAUUACUUUCGGAAAACUGUCGGCUAUAAGGUUCCAAAAAAUCCAGAAUUGGGAUCAGAUGCUUCUCGUAUCCAAAGGGAAGAGCAAAGAAAAAUUGAUGAAGCCGAGCCAUUGACUGAGGAAGAAUUAGCUGAAAAAGAAAACUUACUGACGCAGGGCUUUACUAAUUGGACAAAAAGAGAUUUUAACCAGUUCAUAAAAGCUAAUGAAAAAUAUGGUCGUGAUGAUAUAGAUAAUAUUUCAAAAGAUGUAGAAGGAAAGACACCUGAAGAAGUGCGAGCUUAUUCUGAAGUAUUUUGGGAAAGAUGCAAUGAACUCCAAGACAUUGAUCGUAUCAUGGGACAGAUUGACAGAGGUGAAGCGAAAAUUCAGAGAAGAGCCAGCAUUAAAAAAGCUUUGGAUACCAAGAUGAGUCGAUAUAGAGCACCAUUUCAUCAACUAAGAAUUUCUUAUGGAACAAACAAAGGGAAGAAUUAUACAGAAGAAGAAGACAGAUUCCUUGUAUGCAUGUUACACAAACUAGGCUUUGAUAAAGAAAAUGUAUACGAGGAACUCAGAGCAAUGGUUAGGUGUGCUCCUCAGUUUAGGUUCGAUUGGUUCAUAAAGUCUCGAACUGCUAUGGAAUUGCAAAGGCGUUGUAACACUUUGAUUACUUUGAUCGAAAGAGAAAACCAAGAAUUAGAAGAAAGGGAAAAAGCUGAAAAAAGGAAAAGUAGAGGUGGCAGUAGCCGUGGAACCAGUUCUGGUAAACGUAAAAGCGAUGGAGGAUCCAUUUCAUCACCACCAUUAUCUAUCCAGGGGGAUAAAAGUAGCCCUGCUAGGAAAAAGAAAAAGUAUGUUUCAGUCGAGUAA